CUCAAGCGUCCGCUCUAUUUACUAUAUGCGGACGGGCCAACGGUCCGGAUAGCAGCCAUGUCAACAGAGCCCCUCUUACCAUCUUAUGUCUCUGCUACUCAGCAUGAUGCCAGUCCCCAUGUCAGACGCCAUUCUGCCCGUCGACGGACCUCCCUCGUCAUUCCAGCGGCUCCCGUCAUCCAAACCUUGAGUGGGCUCACAUUCAUGACAACGGCGAUCAUCUCCACCGUCUGGGCUUACCGAAGCUAUGUACCUCCCCCAGAGCUGUCCCCAACAGAGCCGCCUUCGUUACUCCCAUAUUUCGCAUCCCUAUGCCUCACCAUUUCGCUCGGCUUCUGGGUCGGAUAUUUACUGUUCAUCCUAUAUGAUGGAGCCGGCGGGCCAAGAAUGCAACGAAAAGUCGUCAUCGGGGUAUCCACCGUGGGAAAGUUGGUUCUAGCGGGGGCUCAUAUAGGGGUUUGGCUAGGGUACAAAUAUCUGCUCACCGGCUCGAAGCAGCCCAGCUGGGCACUGAUGUUUCUGGCAACACAGGCUUGGUGGGAUGUUCUGCUGUUGGUGGUUUAUUCAUGUCUCAGAGCCCCAGUGGAACCACGAGUACGAUGGUGAGGUGGACGCCGCUGUUUCAUCAUCCUGGCUGCUAUUAAUAUUGUUUCCUGAUUUCUGUACGCAUCCUUCAUCCUUCAGCGGCGAGUAUGUUGACUAUCUUCAGACGGUCGUAGAUCAAUGGUGCAUUCUCCCCAGACAGUGAAUGGUUUUGACAAGGCUUUUCGGCUGCAGCCCUCUAGAAGACACGAUAACCUUUCCAUGCUAGCUUGUUAUUGAGUAUUGACGAAUUUCAAUUGCCU